GGCAGUGACUUCGUGGCAUGCAGCCGAUGCAAGUCAUUUAUGUGUCAUUCCGUACAGUUUCCUCGCGGUGUUCGUCGUGAUCCACUUCUUAUUUCGUUUUCCUACAACUGAGCUCAAUGACCGAAAAUAGUCAUCUCAUGUAGAUUCUCUUUCAUCCACCGGUGAGACGUGCAUCUCGUAAGACAGCGCAAACCCGACGACACAUGAUAGGUUAAUUACACAUAACAUGAAACUGUGGAUCGUGAUAGUGCACAUUACAUUAGUCGCCACUAAUCUAUGGGUCACGGCUCAUUUCCACGAGGAGGUGCCCGAAGACAAUGAGUUUGCGGAAUUCGAGGACUUUGAGGAGGAGAAGCUGAGCACGCACAAUGAGCGCGUAGCAGAGUCGGUGCAGGAGAGCAAUCUCAAUCAGGACUUCGAGGAGGAUGACGUCCUGGUGUCAGACGGAGAUAGUGAAUUCGAUCACUUUCAGGACGAGGAGGAGUUCGAGGGGCUGGACAGUGGUAACGCCGGUCCGAAGCCCGACGAGCCUUCCACGUUGACCAUUACGAAAGUUCCGUUGCAUCUGCGGGACAGAUGGGACAGCUUUUACCUAGAGAUACUGAUGAUCACCGGACUGCUGGUGUAUUUCAUCAACUACAUGGUGGGACGUUCGAAGAACGCCCGUAUAGCUGAGCAGUGGCUGAUGGAUCAGCAGCAGGUGUUGGCGGAGAAUUUCUCCCUGAUCGGUCACGCGGGCAGGUCGAGCGACAGCAACGCGAACGACAACGGCAGCGGCAACGGUUUGAUGAAGGAGAGCGAGUCGCAAUACAGUCUGUACUGCUCCGGCCGUGUCGGAUGCGACUCAAUGCUCGUCGAGCUGAAACUGAUCAAACGGCAGGACUUGGUCGCCGUGCUGGCGCAGCUGGUGCGCCCGCAGAACGAUCAGGCUCACAUACACAUGGAGAUCUCGAAGGACGAGACGGACAACUUUGUGCUGGCGAUCGCCUCGAAGCGGACGGCGAUGCAUUUAGUACGCGACAUGGCCGACAUCAGUGUGUACUGCCCGGAGAAACGGCCCGCGGAGAAGUUCGGUCUUCCGUCGGGCUUCUGCGUGAUGUCCGAGAUCGCAGAAGCGGCGUCGGCCAUAUUGGACACCAGGGUGCAACAUCUCUUCGCGAAAUACGCGCCUCACAUUGAUUACAUUCACAUUAGCGACCAAUUCAGCGGGCGCAAGCAGCAGGAAGACACCGCUCAAUUGACAAUGCCCGAGGUAAGAAGGGUAUUGAUGGUGGGCCUGAAUAUAAGUCUCAAAGGCCGCACUUGUGACAUGGAGACUCGGCAGAAGCUCAAGAUAUUACUUCAUUUUACCUUUUACCUGCUCGACAAGCUGCGACGUUUUAAGUUGUCCAAGGAGGGCAAGAACAAGGCUGAUAAAAAUCGGCUCAGAGUCGAGGAAGCCUUCCUGAAGACAACGCACGCCGCGAGAGCCGAAGCGGCGGCGCAGAAGCGAGAGGAGCGCCGGAGAGCCGAGAAAGAGAGGAUCCUCCAGGAGGAGGAUCCGGAGAAGCAGCGCAAGUGGGAGGAGAAGGAGCAGCGCAGGCUGGCGAAGAAACGCGCCCCUAGAAUGAAGCAACUCAAAGUGAAGGCUUUAUGACCGGUUACGGCCGGGAUUAGCGAAUGCAAUGCGAAUUCUAGAGAGCCGUGAGUUUCGUCGUUUAUCAUUGAAAUACUCGGGAGGAAAUGUGAACACAUGUUGGAAAGAAAGAAAGAGGAAGAAAAAAUAUAUACUUCGUCGAAAUCAGCCGCGAGAUGAAAAGCCAAAACUUCUUACCCUUCGUCGGAUUCUCUCACUUACACUCACCCGGCAUUCUCGCGCGCGCGCGAAGUAUAUACCGAACUUAUCGAGGAAAGUACAAACGACUGUGUGUGUGUGCAUGUGUGUGUGUGCGUGUGCGAACGAGAACAUCCUGCGACUUGUAAUUUAUUGUACAAUGUAUACUUUGUUUGCCCUACUGCCAGCUUAUAUACUUAAAUAUCAUAGAUAUUUCGUGUUGGAGAACGAGAAACGAGUAAAAUAAACUUUAGCAUAUACUAUACGUGCAUACACGAACGUAGUAAUAAUAUCCAUGCCCUUCGUUCGUGCUACAGAGACGUAUCGGUAAUCGACGAGCAGCGAAAUUAUUGCUCUUUGAAAUUAUCAUUGCCCUGACGUGGUCGCUUGUGUGUUAGCAUUUGCGUCUGAGAGAGAGAGAGAGAUCCGUGCCAACUUUCCCAGGAGACUUUCUUCUCAAGACCGACGUGAACGUGUAUCGUUCUAGUUUAAUAAUUUAUGCUAUCCCAGAAUACUAGA